UUGAAGAGCGCAGUGCUGGUUGAGCAACAAGCCCAGAAUGCAGAACUCGUCCGCUUUCAGUGUUGACUCGCUGAUGGGAAAGAAGACCCUCGACUCUAAAACGAACGAUGUGGAGAAAGAAAGCGAGAGAAAAUCGGCAUUUUCUGUCGCGCCACCGCUACCAAAACGGGAAUUUCAUCCUCCCAGUGUCUGUAACUGCCAGCCUUGUCAACAAACGGCUGUGUCAGGUUUUACUGCAAUGAGUCAGGCUGUAGCCGAACCAAGGUUUAUGUCUUUACAAUCGAUGGCUGGAACUGUAUCAGUGCCUGCUCCCGUUUAUCUCCCGAAAGCAACUCCGCAAAGAAGAAAGAGAAAGGAGAGCAAAACACGCCGACAACGCACUACCUUCACCAGCGAGCAAACUCUCAAGCUUGAACUUGAGUUUCACCAAAACGAGUACAUCACUCGAUCAAGGCGUUUUGAGUUGGCUGCCUGUCUGAACCUGACUGAAACACAAGUCAAAAUAUGGUUCCAAAAUCGCCGAGCGAAAGACAAACGCCUAGAGAAAGCGCAAAUGGAUCAACAGUUGAGAAUCGCAAGUUACGCGGCCGGAGCAGGGAUCACAUACCCGCCAUCUUAUUUCAAUUAUUAUUCAUCCCACUAUUACAAAAACAACCCCACUCAGGUCGCAGGCAACAUCACUCAAAGGGUUGUGUAAACAGAAAUAAAUUUUUGGAAGUGGGGCAGAAUUAUUUAUUGUUGUGCAGACUACAGAAAUGAACGUUUAAACGGUUUUCAAACAUCUACACCCGUAACUGACAAUUUAUAUUCCACUGGCAAGUGUUAAUCAGUGUAAAAAGAUUCCUAAUACUUACUUUGCAUGCGCGAGAAUCUAUAAUUUCAGUCACUUUACAACCUUAAUACAAGGUGCCUGCUUUUAAUUGCGUGAAACGUUCUCAGACACAGAAAAUUAAACAAUUUUGGCUGUGCAAUUGUUGUUUUUUUAUCUAAGGGAGUGUUUUACUCUGAAUUCGAAACAUUUUGUUGAUUAGAACGAUCUAGUUUGAUUUACGUGAUAUAAAACACUCAAAGAACCUUCUAAAUGAAUUGUACAUAUAAAUGUUAUAUUUAGGUUUUCUGGACUAUCUUGUAUGGUGAGAUAUGUCGCUUUUCAUGCGAGAGUUGCUUGUAAACUACUCGAAUAAAUUCAAGCUCCAUUUGUAGACGUAACCAAGGAAGACUGGCUGAAAUAUGUAUAUUCGAGUUUUCCCGGAAAAC